UGAAACGUAAUGGAAAGGAAAGCCGAGACUACGCGAGACUAGUAAUGUGUAGCCGAGUAGAUACGCGAGUGGGAAAUAACGUAACGUAACGUAACGUAAAGUAACGUAACGUAACGUAACGGAGGAGGAUAUAAGGUGACUGGCUGGUAAAAAGAAGGAACACCGAACGAGCUACCGGUCAGUUUUAGAUCGAGAGGCAACCUCCACCUCCUCGCAGUUGUUUGGAGUUCGGUAUUCGGUUGGAUCGCGAACGCGCGCGAGCCCCUGUGGACGGACACCGGUGCGCGAAUAAAAUCGAUAACCGAGUGUUUGCUCUUCUUUUACGUAUUAUAAUUAUUACGUGAUUCGAGCGAUGGUUAUUCUCCGGACGUAAAUAUUACGGAUUUUUUCAUCGAUAUUCAGAGCAAGAACGAAGAAACCGUGGUAGUUACAAUUAUGCCGUAGCCCAGUUAAUCGACGCGCAUCAAAAUUAACCCAGUUAUAGUACAACGACCGUUCUUCGAUGGGUAACGUUUCUACCGAACGAACAACGCGUCUACCAGAAGUCUAAGGUACUUAGUACUCACACGACCCUCGUCUUUCUAAUCGUCCAUACUUUUACUCCGAACAAUAUUCGUAUUUCGCUGUCGUUCAUAUUUUUAACGAUAAUUCGAUAAUUUGACAAUUUGUCGGAAUAAUUCAUUUCCGUUGAUUUCGAUUAGCAGCGAACAAUAUCGAUUACCGAGAGACGUUAAAAACUUGUUAGUAACCCAAAUUUUAUACCCGUUGCCGUACUUGUUGGUAUUUAUGCGCAGAAACAAGUUGUACUCGCGACUAGUUUUUAAAAUCUGGUCCUGGAUUUAAGCUUGCUCACCUCUGCGACAUCCGGUCCAGGUAACCAGCACGAUGUAAAACGGCUCUUUUCGGCUCUUUUCUAUUCAUUGACCGAUCCGUCCUUCGAUCCUUUCAUUCCGUUCUAUUAAUUUCUUCUCUUUCCUAUUUACCAUUUUCAACGUAAACGAGAACAGGAUAGAUUCCUUCCUCCUCGACCCAAAUUUACGACAGGGUUUAACGGUUCGAACGGAACGUGCAAGUACGCGUGCUAACCACGCGCUCGAUUCGAUUCAACGUCCAAUUCGUUUAACUGAUUUCGAUGCACGCGGCGUCGUUGAUCGAGGAAUGUCGCCGAAAACAAACGCGUGUCUCUGACACCGAGCUGAAAAUUUGUAUUUCCCGUGGCAUCGUUUCGACGACCCACUCACCUUCUUCCCCUUCUACUCGGAAUUUUUUUGCCGCGUUAAACGAUGAGUGAUCCGAUCGCGGAAGGGUAGCGAACGAUCGAGCGCGCGGCGGAUGUCGAUUCGAGUCGCGUAAACUACGCACGAUACACCGAAUCAUUUCGAUCGAGCUAUGACAAGAUACCAGAUAUCGAUUUUACCGAAUUGCCGGUUUUUUCUUCGAUUUUCUCCUAAACGUUGAUACAGGCCGAUCACGUUUUACGACUAAAUAAGCGACGCCCUAUAUUCGUUCGCGUCACGUCGCAUCGCGUAGCUAUGUUUCGAUACGUAUCUCGCAUACGAGAACGCGGUUCUCGAGCGUACGCGUUCGUCGGCUAACGGGAAUAUCCUUAAUUCGCGAUCCUUUCCGUGGUAUACUACCUCUAACCCGCUUUCCUUUUGUCCCGCAUUUUCCCGAGUACGUAUCGACGUAACGCGUGCCUUACACUUCCCGUUUCAACACCGACAUCACCCGAUUCACUCUCAUCUUUGCUUUUAUCGUGAUUCUUUGCGAAAGAACGAAACGUGAUCGAUUCCCUUUAUCUUUCAGCGGAUCGUACACCGAUCGAUCGUUGUGGAAAACGAAGGAUUCGUAGAUGCGUGCGAGAGCGCGCGCGCGCGUCAACGAAACGAGAAUAAACGAUAAAUAAAAGUUUGAAAGAAAGGUAGAAAAGAUGGUAAAGAGUCGAAGCGUGGUGGCUUUGCUUGGACUGAUCCUCUUCCUAAAGUCUUCGGAAGGCCAGAGCGGCAGCGAGGAACCUUCCUAUUCUCAUCAUCGACAGAAAAGAUUAUUUUGGAUAACUAACGAUGGUCGGAUAGCUUUGCCACCGGGCACGGUAAUGACGAUAACUCCAACUUUGGCAUUGCCAUUCGUUAGAUAUCCACCGUACGGUUUCCUCAGUAACAUGACCAUCAGUCUACCGUUUACCAUCGAUUUCGACAAACUCGGUUUAACCGACAACGAGAAUCCUUACGGAGCUUUACCAUCGGCCUUCGACGCUACCGCGAGAAGCCAGGGUUCCUCGUCCGGUGCAGCAGAGUUUAUCGCGACGUUCGUGAAACGCGGACUCGAUAAGAGAGAGGCGAUCACGAAUCUGCCCGAGAACGCGUUUUACGGAGGAGAAAGAGCUCUGUUGUACGGCACCGCCGAGGAUAUGCUCGGAAAUUUCGGUUUAAACGGCAAGGCUUGUCUACUAAGGGCGAUCUGCGAGGUGCAGGGUCACCCGUUCACCAAUUUCGGUCUAAUCGGGGAAAUUCUCAAGCUUUUCUUCACUGCCAGUAAAUCACCGUUCGCGGACCUUCUAACGGAAUACAUCGAAGCCGAAAACAGAGGAAAAUUUCACGGAGAAUGUUGGCCUUAUUUUAAAGACUGCCCGAAAUCGUUGUUUCACCCUUCGGAGAAUAAGUACACGAACGAUGCAUUCGACGAGGCUGCUACGUCCGCCGAAUCGUUCGAGAUUCACCGAAAGGAGAAUCAACAACAUCGUUCCCCUUCGGUCGAACCAACGGAUCGCGCAACCAAAGAUCCUAGGUUCCUUCCGAAUCAUAGACGUAUGCUGCAUCCUUCUAUGUAGUCGUGUUUUUCCCUUUA